AUGUUUCCUAUUUGUUCCUUCUCCUACCAUAUAAAUAUCUAUCUAUCUAUCUAUCUAUCUAUCUAUCUAUCUAUCUAUCUAUCUAUCUCUCUCUCUCUCUCUCUCUCUCUCUCUAUAUAUAUAUAUAUAUAUAUAUAUAGUUCCCCCUCUUUCUUUUCUGUUUCGUCUGUUUUGCCUAUAUUUCUUCUGUUUAUAAGCCUAAACACCUCUCAAUCGCACCCUCAAGUUGAAGCACAGACUUUCUUUCUGAUUUUCCGAUCGCACUCUCCCUUGUCACUCACAUCCUUUUUUCUCUCUCUUUUUAGACCUCAUCUUCAACGUUUAAGCCUCUGCGACUUGGAUGUCAAUUUCCCAUCUCGCCUCACACUUUCGUUUAUACCCUCUCUUUUUCCGUUGCAUUUUGGCACUUCCUCCCACUCCUUAUGUGAGCCUCAGUCUUUCACUCCUACAAAACCUUCCUCGGCAAAGGUAUUAUUUGGAUCACGUGACACCUUUGCCAGGCACAGUGAACAUUUGAGAUGUCAGCGCCAUGCGUGUUGCUGCGGCUUGCUGUGUGUCGUCGUCGUCGUCGUAGUCUGCUCGUCUACUAUGACCCAGGCUCUCCCUCACAUCGGCAAUGUAGUUGUGUUUGAUGCAUCUGCUGGCGACAACUGGUCGCAGCCACAGCACGAUGAUGGAGGUCCGACGACCGCAGUUGGAGCAGAAGGCAAUAGUCUGCGCCAUCACCACCACCACCAUCAACAUCAUCAUCAUCACCAUCAACAACAACAAUCUAACAGCCAAGUUCUGUCCACGACUAAUUCUACCAGCAAGAGUAGUAGUACCCCUAGUGUCCCUGGAAAUACGGAUUUUACAUCUUCAUAUUCUUCUACUAUUACUAAUACCACAAAUAAUAAUAGUAGAGGUGCUAGUGGUAAUAAUAUCUACACUACUACAACAACAAACCUUCUCACGAAUGUCGUCCCUAUUCCUUUAUCGUCUUCAUCAUCUUUCUUUGCAACUGUUUCCCUCCCUAGUCCUGGCCCUUCUUCUGCCAUUGAGUCUUCGACGGCUACAACUGGAAGUGUUUUCACUACCUCUAUUAAUUAUACAGCUACCCUGCCCCAAACAACAACAGCGACCCACCUCCAGGGCGACCCCUUGACCUCCCAUACUGGACAUCGACUUUUAUUAUUAUUGCAACAACAGCAACAACAACAACAACAACAGCAGACGACGACGACAGCAACAACAACAAGCAACACACCGUUAACUUCAUCUGUUUUAUUGUCAUCUUCACCCUCGACAGUCAGAAAAAACAGGGACAACACCAUUGCUUCUUCGACUAAUAUUAACAAUUUAUUAAAAUCAUCUUCAAGUUUGGUGUUGCCAUCCUCAUUAAUAUCCCCCGGGAAAAAAAGUGAUAAUGUUGUUAGCACAACUGUUACGACAACAACAACCACCAUCACGACAACAACAGCAACAACAAUUAACAAUAACAACAGUAAUAAUAAUAAUAAUUUGCUGAAAUCCUCGCCUGGCUUGGGUCUGUCUUCUUCAUCGUCCUCCUCAUCAUCGCCGUCUUCUUCAUUCUUGUCAUUUCAAUCGUCAUGUUCACUUACUUCAUCGUCCCUCCGGACAACUAAAUCCCCGUCCACCAUAAUUACCUGCCCCACGGGAACCCUUCUACCCUCGUCUCCGAGGAGGACUGACUCCAGAAAAUUUCGAGGGUUGGCAGGAUCGAGGGGCCCCAGCUCCUCGGGUGGCGAAGCGACGACGACAACUACUCACCCCAGCUCUGGGGAGGAGAACUACCCCCGGAUUUCUGCCACCCCAGAGGACAGCAAGGAACGCCUUGCAUCUAUUGAAGAAAAUCUAGAGUCAUCUAUAAGGUUGUAG